CGAGUAUUUUGAAUUUAUAAAAACUAAAGUGAACACAAGAAUCCAGAUAUUCUUAGAAAAUGGAAUCAAAUAUUCAAAAGAAAGUAUUACAAUUUGAAUCAUUCAUAAAUGAUGUUUUAAAACAAGAUUUAGCAGUCCUUGAAAAAAAAUUGGAUGAAAUAAAUUCUGAAAUAGCAGAAUUUUUACAAUUAAAAAGUGUUAUUAAUACCAUAAAAAAUAUUGGAAAUAAAGCAAAUGGCUUUAAAACUAAAGUUGAUAUGGGGAAUAAUUUUUUUAUUCAAGCAGAAGUUGAAAAUGCAUCACAUAUAUUACUUGACAUUGGUUUAGGUUACUUUGUGGAGUUCACCCUAGAUGAGGCUUUAGUUGUGAUAGAUAUAAGAAUAAAAUUAUUUGAAAGGCAGGUAAUUAAUUUAAGAAAAGAAAUUGCAAGAACUAAUGCGCAUAUCAAAGUAAUUUUAAUUGGUAUAAGAGACUUACAAGGAUUAGAUUAGUUUUAUAAUUGAAUAUUUUUUAAUGUUAAACACUUGUAAUAUUUUAAACAGUAUCUUAA